GUUUACGGUCGGAAGUUUGGGCGCGCAUGAGAGAGAGAGAGGAAGGGUUUGCAUUUGAUUACUGUUGAGAAGUGCGAAAUGGAUGUCGACGCUGAUGACAUCUUCAGAGACGACGAAGAUGAUCCUGACGCUCAACACUCUCUACUGGAAGAUGAGUCAAGCAAAGAAUACGUGGUUUACCUCGUCGAUGCUUCUCCUAAGAUGUUCAACACUACUUGUCCUGCUGCGGAACAAGACCAAAACGAUGAAACUCAUUUCCACAUUGCCAUCUCUUGUAUUUCUCACACACUCAAGUCUCAGAUCAUUAACAGAUCCUACGACCAAGUUGCCAUAUGCUUCUUUAACACUAGGGAGAAGAAGAAUUUACAAGACUUAAACGGUGUUUAUGUAUUUAAUGUUGCUGAAAGAGAGUUUCUAGACAGGCCAACAGCAAGGCUCAUCAAAGAAUUUGAUCAUUUGGAGGAAUCGUUUUCAAAAAGCAUUGGAAGCCAGCAUGGUGUUGUGUCUGGGACUCAAGAAAAUUCUCUCUACAAUGCUAUCUGGGCGGCUCAGGCACUUCUUCGUAAAGGGUCAGCAAAGACAGUUGACAAACGCAUACUUUUGUUCACAAAUGAAGAUGAUCCUUUUGGAAGUAUCAAAGGGGCUGUAAAAUCAGAUAUGACAAGAAUGACACUGCAGAGAGCUAAAGAUGCACAGGAUCUUGGCAUUUCUAUUGAACUCCUUCCCUUGAAUCACCCCAAUGAAGCAUUUAAUGUAUCUCAAUUCUAUGCUGAUUUGAUUGGGUUAGAAGGAGAUUAUCUUGUUGACUUUAUGCCAUCAGCAACAAACAGAUUAGAGGAUAUGAAAGAUCAACUAAGAAAACGCAUGUUUACCAAGCGCAAAGUGAAAAGUCUUAAAUUCACAAUAGUUAAUGGGAUAUCUAUACAACUGAAUUCUUAUGCUUUAAUUCGUCCCACUGUCCCAGGAGCGAUCACAUGGCUUGAUUCUAUUACUAAUUGUCCUUUGAAGUGUGAAAGAACUUUCAUUUGUGCUGAUACUGGUGCCUUGAUGGAAGAACCUAUUACACGGCUUCAUCCUUAUAAAAACCAGAAUAUUACAUUUUCAAUGAAGCAGCUAUCUGAAAUUAAAAGAGUUUCAAUUGGUCAUCUACAUCUUUUAGGGUUCAAGCCACUGAGUUGCUUGCGAGAUUAUUACAACUUGAAGCCAUCAACUUUCCUUUACCCUAGUGAUGAGGGUACAGACAACAGCAUGUGCAUCUUCAUUGCCCUUCAUAGGAAGAUGAUUCAACUCAAUCGUUUUGCUGUUGCAUUUGGUGGUAGUUCCUCUCGCCCUCAAUUGGUUGCUCUUGUUGCGCAGGAAGAAGUUAUCCAAUCAGGUAGUCAGAUUGAGCCGCCAGGAAUGCACAUGAUUUAUCUUCCAUAUUCUGAUGACAUCAGACUUGUUGAAGAGCGUUAUUCAGAUUCAAGUGGCAUGGUGACUAAAGCAAGUGAUGAUCAAAUUAAAAAGGCAGCUGAUUUAAUUAAGCGUAUUGACUUGAAGGGUUUUUCUGUAUGCCAACUUACCAACCCUGCCUUGCAGAGACACUAUGCAGUAUUGCAGGCAUUGGCACUGGCAGAGGAUGAUAUUCCAGAAAUGAAAGAUGAAACAUUACCUGAUGAGGAAGGCUUGGCCAGACCAGGAGUGGUAAGGGCAUUAGAAGAAUUCAAAACAUCCGUAUAUGGGGAUAAUUAUGAUGAGGAAAAUGAGCACAACACUGGGGAGCCGACUGAAGCCUCCAAGAAACGAAAAGCAAAUGCCGAGUUUGCAACAAAAGAGUGUGAAAACUAUGACUGGGGUGAGCUUGCUGAUACCGGAAAGUUAAAGGACUUGACUGUGGUGGAGUUAAAAUAUUAUCUUACAGCAAACAAUCUUCCUGUUUCUGGGAAGAAGGAGGCUAUAAUUACCCGAAUACUAACUCACAUGGGAAAAUGAGCAAGGGGACACCGUUUUCUCAUUGAUCAUUUUGCAACCUCGAUAUAUAGAAUGCAAGACUCCUAGUACUGAUCCUUUUUGGCUAAAAGACUGAUUUGUACUUGAACUGAUCAGCAUGGCAUUAGGGUAUGUGAUAGCAUGUUACUGUUAGUAGGCAUUGGUACGUGUUAGACCUCCAAUACGCAAAAUUAACACAUCUCAGUUUGCAAGUUGUCGUAAAUUUGUUUUUAUCUUUUUUACUCACUUUUUAAUAGUUCAUCAAGUUAAGUCGGUAAA